UGUAAACUUCUGUGCCUGCAGUUUUUUUGUUUUUUUUUGUGUUUUGUUUUUUUUUUUCCCCAUUCAGUACUGGCUUUUGGCUUGCAUUGUUUCUAACUAGAAGUCUGAUAUCUUUUUUUGUUUUUCUUUAUAUAGUGUGCCUUUAUUAUUCUGCCUGAUUUUAAGAUUUUUCUGUUUAUCAUUGUUUUUAAGCAGUUUAUGAUGUGACUUGGUGAGUGGUUUUUAUUAUGCUCCUAUCACUAGGGCUUUGUUGAGUUUCUUGGAUCUGUGUGUUUAUAGUCUUCAUUAAAUUAGGAACGUUUUGAUAGUUAUUUCCUCUAAAGGACUUUCCUGUCUCCUCUCUCCUUCAGGAACCCCAGUUUCACAUAAAUUAAUUAGGCUGUUUGAAGUUGUUUCACAACAUUAAUCCUCUGUUAUUUUUGUUUUAGUCUUUUUGUUUCUUUUUCAUUUUGGAUCAUUUCUUUUGCAAUGUCUUCAAGUUAGUUAAUCUUUUUUGCAGUGUUUUAUCCAGUACUUUUUGGUUCAGAGAUCUUACUUUUCAUCUCCAUAAGUUUGAUAUGGAUCUUUUAAAUUAUCUUGACAUGCUGUGUUCUUCUCUACUUGAGCAAAUGAAGUAUAGUUACAGUAACAUUAGCGUACCAUUAUUUAUAAUUGAAUUCAGUCAUCUGUGUAAUUUCAGGUUGGUUUUAUUGAUUUUUCUCCUUAUUACAGGUUAUAUUUUCCAUAUUGGCGUGCCUACCAAUCUUUUUGUUAGCUGUUAGAUAUUGUAAAUUUUACCUUAAUGGGUGCUGAAUGUGUUGCAUUUUUAAAGAACAUUCUGGGGCCCUAUUCGUACAGAUAGGUGAGUUAUUUGAAGAGAAUUUGAUCUUUUCAUUGUUUGCUUUUAGGCUUUGUUAAGUGAGACUGGAGUGGCUUUUAGCCUUAUGGUCGAGUUUUUUUCCCCCUUUAAUAGUGUAUAAUAAUAGUCUUAUGACUCUACUCAAGGCCUCAUAGAUUGUAAAGUUUUUCCACUCUGGUUGGUAAUACUACCCUCCCCCCCAGUAAUUUAAUCAGAUGCAUGUACUGAUAAGUGCUCUGCUGAAGACACAAGUUGAAGCCUCUGCAGAUCUCCAGAGCUUACUCUCAGUGUAGCUCUCUCCUCUCCUUGUUUCUGCCCUAUGAACUCUAGCUGCCUUCACUUCCCUGAACUCUCAACUCUGUCCCAACUCUGUCUCCUCAGUUCAGUAGGACUGCUGGCCUCUGUCUGAAUCCUCCUCCCUGCACUGGAAACUGUUUUCAGGCAGAAAAAUUGGGCCAGUCAUAGAGUUCACAUGCUUUCAUCUCUCUGAGAAAUCAGUGUCCUACAUUGCCUAUUAUUAAUUGUCUGAAAAGCCAUUGUUUCAUUAAUUUUUUCCCACAGAUUAAGGCAAUAGGGUAAGUCUGGUCACUGUUACUCUCUUGGCCUGAGUUUAUGGUACUUAUCCCAAACUUUACUUAUCUAUCAGUAAUUUUAUUUUCAACUGUUUUUGUUUUGUUCAAUGAAAGUUAAUUAUUAAUUUUUGAAGCAUGUUUUUCUCUUUUAUUUCUCCUCAGCCCUGCAGUCCUCCUUUUCAGCUUGUUCUGUUCUUUUCAUUUUGAGCUCUUCUUUUUGCUUCAGGUGUACCAAUUUUGGGGAAUUUGCUUUUCUUACCGAGUUAUGUUUUAUUUCAGAUUGGAUUUUUCAAAUGCCUGUUGUUGUUUUUUUUUUUUUUUUUUUGGUCUGAGGAGGCAUGUUUAUUUGUGUUUUGCUAAAAUGUAUUUGCAUCAUUGCCAUAACAUUUAUUUUUAUCAUACUGAAGUUUACUAUAAGUGGUUCUGAUCCUACCUUAUGUUGGUUACGAUAGUGUGUCUGGCUUCUACAAUACUCUGUUCCUGCAGUAUCUGAUGAUACCAUGUUUGUGUGGCAGUGCCCCAUGUUUGUUGUGCCGUUGCUGUCCCAGUGGAAACAACUCCACUGUAACUAGGCUGAUCUAUGCACUUUUUUUGCUUGUUGGAGUAUGUGUAGCUUGUGUAAUGUUGAUACCUGGAAUGGAAGAACAACUGAAUAAGAUUCCUGGAUUUUGUGAGAAUGAGAAAGGAGUUGUCCCUUGUAAUAUUCUAGUUGGCUAUAAAGCUGUAUACCGUUUGUGCUUCGGCUUGGCUAUGUUCUACCUUCUCCUGUCUCUAUUAAUGAUCAAAGUGAAGAGCAGUAGUGAUCCUAGAGCUGCAGUACACAACGGAUUCUGGUUCUUUAAAUUUGCUGCAGCUAUUGCAAUUAUUAUUGGGGCCUUCUUCAUUCCAGAAGGAACUUUUACAACUGUGUGGUUUUACGUAGGCAUGGCAGGUGCCUUUUGCUUCAUCCUCAUACAGCUAGUCUUACUCAUUGAUUUUGCCCAUUCGUGGAAUGAAUCAUGGGUUGAAAAAAUGGAAGAAGGGAACUCGAGAUGUUGGUACGCAGCAUUGUUAUCAGCUACCGCUCUGAAUUAUCUGCUGUCUUUAGUUGCUGUUGUCCUAUUUUUUGUUUACUAUACUCAUCCAGCCAGUUGUGCAGAAAAUAAAGCCUUCAUCAGUGUCAACAUGCUCCUCUGCCUUGGUGCUUCUAUUAUGUCUAUACUGCCAAAAAUCCAAGAAUCACAACCAAGAUCUGGUUUGUUACAGUCUUCAGUAAUUACAGUCUAUACAAUGUAUUUGACAUGGUCUGCUAUGACUAAUGAACCAGAAACAAAAUGCAACCCAAGUCUACUAAGCAUAAUUGGAUAUAAUACAACAAGCACCAUCCCAAAGGAGGGGCAAUCUGUACAGUGGUGGCAUGCUCAAGGAAUUAUUGGACUAAUCCUCUUUUUACUGUGUGUGUUUUAUUCAAGCAUCCGUACUUCAAACAAUAGUCAGGUUAAUAAACUGACUCUAACAAGUGAUGAAUCAACAUUAAUAGAAGAUGGUGGAGCUAGAAGUGAUGGACCACUGGAGGAUGGAGAUGAUGUUCACCGAGCUGUAGAUAAUGAAAGGGAUGGUGUCACUUACAGUUACUCCUUCUUUCACUUUAUGCUUUUCCUGGCUUCGCUUUAUAUCAUGAUGACCCUUACCAACUGGUACAGGUAUGAGCCUUCUCGUGAGAUGAAAAGUCAGUGGACAGCUGUCUGGGUGAAAAUAUCUUCUAGUUGGAUUGGCAUUGUGCUGUAUGUCUGGACACUGGUGGCACCACUUGUUCUUACAAAUCGUGAUUUUGACUGAACGGGACUUCUGGCAUGAAAGUCUCACUUUGGUCAUCACUUGUUUGAAAUUAACAGUAUUCCAACUUUUGUAAAGUUGUGUAUGUGUGUGCUUCCCACGUAACUUCUCCAGUGUUCUGGCAUGAAUUAGAUUUUACCGCUUGUCAUUUUAUUCAUUAUAGUCUUGCCAAGUGCACUGAUAUGUGUUUUAGAAUGAAUCAGCGUUUUGAGUAUGUUGGUGGUGGUAAGUUAGAAGUGGACAUUGUUAGGUUUAUCCUCUGCUCUGUACCUGUGAAAAGAGUGAAAACAAAACUGCUUGACAGUUUGAUUUUUAAAUUGUGUUAGAACUUAAGCUGUUUUAGAAAAAUAUGAAAUGUAUGGCUGCCUUUUGAAAUAUUUGAUGCCUUGCCCUACAGAAUACUGCAAAGAACAUGGCUAUCCUAAAAUUGUAUAAACAAAUUACUUAAAUGCCAGUUUUCUAAAAAUAUCUUUUCAGCUUUUUCCCUUGAUAUGAAGAUAAGGAACUUACACAGGUAUGGAGUGUUUGAUUGAUAACAGUGUUGAUUAUGGUGCAGAUUGAGACACAGAGCUUUUAAAGAAAGAUCGCUAGUGGUGGGUACUAAAUUGAAUACCCAAGUAGGUUGUAAUGUUCCCUGGGGUAGGGAUGGCCUUCCAUACUAACAGUGAACUUUGUUUUGGUCAUUAUAAACACAUGCAGAUGUGUUAAAAUGUGUUCAGUGGGUUCAGUGGAGAGGUUAGGAACUCUGAAGGAUUUAGACAAAGGUUUUGAAAAGGAUAAUCAUGGGUUAGAAAGAGGUUGAAAAUCACUUUGAAAGUUCGUUUUGAAGAUCAGAGUUGAUAAAUUUUUGACAGAAUAGGAAGAAACUGCAAAAUAGGCAUUCUUUCUGGCAUUCAAAAAUAAUUUCUAUUCAGUUAUGUGGGGGUGAUGGAUAAUUUGUGAUGUGAAUUGCUGGUGUCCAGCAUGCCUUCUACACACAAACUGAGGCCAGGAGAAUGAUGGACUGAGGUAGAAUAAACUCCUCCUUACAGUAUACUAUACAGUUCAAAAGAUGCUUUUGUGUAUUUGCUGCCAUCUAACUGAAACAUAUAGGUUAUUAUAAAUCUUUCAACCUGAAAAUCAGGCAGUAUUGCUCUUAACUUAGAAACUUAGUUACUUGUGUCGUUAGUGUCUUAAGAAAUCUUAAAAUCUACAUUUGCUUCUUUUAAGAUAUUUACUACUGUAAAUGAAAUAUAACAGUAUAAUUCCCCACCUUCAUUCUGUGUUGAUAUUGUGUUCAUGAUUUCAAAUGGCUGUAUUCUAUCUUUAAAUAAAUGAGUUCAGAGAAAGUGUGUGGUAU